AUGAGUUGCACUCAUGAGUUGCAAGGCAGAGAGCUAAUCAAUUCCAAGUUUGCCAUGGCGAUUGAGGUUUUAAGCUUUGUGCCAAAGCCUUACAUGUGGCUGGAGGUGGGGUCCUACAUCGGAAGUAGCGCCAUCACCACGGCGAAGGUCCUGAAGCAGAUGCGCCUGAACUGUGGUGUGUUGUGUAUCGAUCCGUUCACCGGGAUGGUCGACAUGUGGGCGGAUCGCAAGGCAUUCCGCACGCACUUUGGGCUCCUGGAGCGGCAAAAUGUGGCUGAUGGACCUUUGUUGAUGGAUGAAUUUGGCCAUUCGCGGAUCUAUGAGAUGUUUCUUGCCAACGUCCGUUCUCGUGGCCAUCAGGACUACGUCUUGCCGCUCAGGGUGAGUAGCAUCACAGGUUUGAGGUUGUUGAGGACCCUCUAUGAGCAGGGCCGCAUUGAACGCCCUCCGGAGAUCAUCUACCUGGAUUCCGCGCAUGAAGCGGGGGAGACGCUCUUGGAGGUCCAAGAGGCCUGGCGCCUUCUGGCGGCUCCCGGCGUCCUCUUUGGGGACGACUGGUCCUGGCCGGGUGUGCAGUCGGACGUGCUGCAGUUUGCCGCCCGGCUGAUGCAGCGACCCUUGACGAACGAGGAGCUCCACCGUUUUGAUUGGCCCACCAAAGCAGCCUUUCAGCCGGUGAAGGGGCUCGCAGUGGUAGAUGAAGAUGAUGGUGCUUGGAUGCUGUCAGGGGAACUCAGCGAACGCGGGUGUGGCCUGGGACCUAGGUUCAAAGAGGCAGCAGAUCCAAAGGCCUCUGAGCACAGGCUCUUUGUGACCAAAAUCGCUCCACAGAUCACCCAGCAGGACGUGGAAGCGCACUUCCAGCAGUUCGGCAGCACCACAGAUGUCUAUUUGCCCUUCAUCCCAGGUCGACCCGGUCAUAAGGGUUUUGCCUUUGUCUCCUUCAGUGGUGAGGAGUCCGUUCAGGCGGCCCUGGCCAAUGCCCCACAUUAUAUCAAUGGUGCAGAGGUGGUGGUGGAUAUCGCAACUGCGCGACAGCCCCAGCUGACGGGCGACCAACCGGCGGGGCCCUCCCGCAAGGUGGCUCCCAUGGAGGGUCGCAUUUUUGUGACCCGCCUGCUGAACACCAUGACCGUUGCCGACGUGCAGAAACACUUUGAGCAGUAUGGAGACAUUCGGGACUGUUAUAUGCCGGCCAUCCCUGGCAGAGGACACAAAGGUUUUGCUUUCAUCUCCUACAAAGACCCUGCAUCGGCGAAGGCUGCAACGCAGGAGCUUCAUCAGGAGAUCAAUGGGACGAUGGUCGUGGUGGAUGCAGCCAUGGCGUUGGGCAGCCCAGAG